AUGACGACUUUCAUCGCCAAAUCUCCCACAGUCGGCCAUCCUAGUUGGGUGUCGAGCAGACAAAGCUCAGAAUCUCCUCAACAGGCGACGUCUGUAAGCAAUGCGGAUUUCGUCGAUUUUGUGGAUUUGACCCCCUCCCACCGGGACGCCGCUCGGGAGAAUCUGAUAGAGCGAGAAAUUUUGGAGCCAACGGGUCAUAAUCCCGAUGAACGCGGCAUUCGAGUUGCUAGAGCCCACAGCACCGGCGCGACCGACAACGACAAAAUUAAAGACGGCGAAGAAGACGACAAAGAUGACGACGACAUUAACUAUGAAAUCGAAACCAGUGACCUUUCGUCUCUCCAGGAUAUCUUUGCGCGGAGCGGAACAGGGUUUGGAGGAAAUGACGACCUCAGCUGCAAGGCUUUCGCAUCACUCGACUCCGUCGACAGGACCAGCAAGGACCGUUGUCACGAGGGCAACAGCGAGCAUAGUGCCAAUCCUGCUGCCACGAACCCCACCUGCAUUCAUCCCGGUGCCAGCCGAGACAACCCGAUUGUGCUGGACGAUGACCAGCCAGUCGAUACCCACGACGCCGACGUCUCUAACGACGAAAAGCCCAUCUUCGAAGUCGCAGACUCGACAACUUUCCGCGACCCCUUCCCAACUUUAUCUGGAGAAUUUGCCGAGCGAGGAGCGGACGAUGGGGACAAAAGGACGUUCACAGACCAGGAUUGGGAGCUUCCUGACCGAAUAAGAAAGGCUGCAGUAAAGAUACUCAAUGAGUUGCGAGAGGACUUGGAGGGACAUCCUGUGGCCCGACGGAAUUUGGAUCAUGUUAAGUGGCAGGAGGAUCAUAGCCAUUCGCUCCUCGAGAUCCGGGACUCCUGGAUAAAUGUUCAGAGCAUUAAAGAGGCAGCAAUUAUAUGUUCGAGAGAGGCUCGAUCGGAGGAUUCUUGGAGUGAUGAUGUAGUCCUCGAGAUCAUGAGACUGGCUCUCAGCUAG